AGGCUAGAGGUGUGGAGUACUACAUGUGAUACAACUGCACAUCUUACCAACUAGAGAUUUAACAAUACACAAUAAAGAUCGUCCAACACAUUUCUUGAUACCAUAAGAUCAGUUCCUUAGGUCACUGAACAUCUAAUCUAAAUACAGCAUUUCUAUGAACAGGAGUUCUUGAUGGGUUAUCAUGACAUCCUUUGAAAUGGACCACUUAGAUGAUGACCAAAAGCAAAGACUUUUGCUGGAAUCUAGAUACAAGCCAAUCUUUGAUAGGCAUGAACAUGAAGGAGGGGUGCCACUGAAGAGUCUGCGGCAAGAAAUGGAGGAAGUUGGUGGUAGCAAAUUGCCUAGAGGAAAGAUGGAGCUGCUCUUAAGACGUGCGGAUGAAUAUCAAGAUGGGAAGCUGGAAUUUGGUGAAUUCAUCAGAAUUAUGACUGCAGAAACAGGAGAUCGUCAGCUUACUGCAUUUCAGAAACUGCUAAAAAUCUCACUUAAUGGAGUUAUCCCAAGAAAUGCACAGAAGAAAAGGAUGGAGUAUUAUCUUGAUCACUAUAACUGCUGCCCUCCACCAUUGUUUAUGAUCUUUAUAAGUCUGGCAGAGAUAGGUGUAUUUGUGUUCUAUGCAAUAGAAUUAAAAGGGAUGGGGGUUGAAACUACUGCCUCCUCAGGUUUCCCCUGGUACAGUCCACUUAUAUACAAGCCACAGAGAAGAUAUGAGGCCUGGCGCUUCCUCACUUAUAUGUUCAUACAUGUAGGCUAUCUUCAUUUAGUGUUCAACUUGAUAAUGCAGCUAAUGCUGGGCUUGCCUUUGGAGAUGGUCCACAAGUGGUGGAGGGUGGGAUUUGUUUAUUCCCUUGGAGUGGUAGCAGGGUCUCUGGGCCAUUCUGUAGUUGAUACAACAACUAUGUUGGCUGGUGCCAGUGGAGGCUGUUAUGCCCUCAUAGGGGCACAAUUAGCAGCUGUAAUUAUGAAUUGGAAGGAGAUGACACGAGGAUGCCAAGAUGGAGUGGUGGAAUUUAUCAGCAGUGCUCCAGUAAGAUUGACACUCAUCCUGGUCCUAGGUGGGGCUGAUACAGGGCUUGCUAUAUAUCAGAGGUUUACAGGGGAUUCCAAGGGGAGUGUAGGUUUUGCUGCACAUUUUGGAGGCUUUUUAGCAGGGCUCCUUUUAGGGAUAUCUGUUUUGAAGAAUAUAGAUAAGAAACCUUGGGAGACUGUGUUAUGGUGGAUCUCCACUAUAAUCUACUGUAUUCUCAUAAUCUUCUGCAUUUGCUGGAAUGGAUUUUACCCAGGAUUCCCUGACCAGGAUUGGCGGCCAUGUUGUCCUAUCACAUGAUAACUAUGGUCUAGCAAACUGUUUUCCCAUUUAUCUUUAAUAAACUUUGUUAGGGAUUAA